AGUGUUCAGUCGACUUUGCUCGUCGCAAGAUUGCGGAUGCAAUCUGUCCAUCCAGCUGCGACGGACAUGGACUUUUUCGUGGGUGUGGAUGUCGGGACGGGAAGCGUACGAGCGGCCCUGGUCACCUCGAGCGGGAAGAUAAAGAAAGUGGCUACCUGCCCGCUCGAGAUCUUUCAUCCCGCGCCGAACUUCUACGAACAGUCCUCCGACAAUAUUUGGAGUGCUGUGUGCCACGUUGUCAAGUCAGUUGUUGCUGACAUCUCCGCUGAAAAUGUUAAAGGAAUUGGAUUCGACGCUACUUGCUCAUUAGUAGCUGUAGAUGAAGCGGGUUCACCAGUAACAGUCAGUCCUACAGGACAGGAGAAGCAAAAUGUUAUACUGUGGAUGGAUCACAGAGCGCAUGAGGAAGCUGACUUUAUCAACUCUAUGGGCCACGAUAUACUGCAAUACGUAGGCGGUCAGGUUUCUCUCGAAAUGCAAACGCCGAAGAUGCUGUGGCUCAAGAAAAACUUACCCGCUUCCUGGAACUCUAUCGCGCUGCUGUUUGAUCUACCAGAUUUUUUAACGUGGAAAGCCACCGAAUCGGAGUCGCGAUCGUUGUGUUCAUUAGUAUGUAAGUGGAACUAUAGCGCCGAUCCCAUUGGUAAGAACGGAUGGAACGAGGACUUCUUCGAACAGCUCAAUUUACGAGAUCUGAAAAAAGAUAAUUGGAGAAAGAUAGGUAACGAUGUAAAGGUACCUGGUGAUGCAAUUGAGUGCGGAUUAUCGAUGAAAGCUGCGGCAGAAUUAGGAUUGUUGAAAGAUACACCGGUUGGUACUUCAUUGAUAGACGCACACGCCGGUGGUCUCGGUAUGAUCGGAUGUUACGCCUCGGACGUGUCUUCGAAUUUCUCCAAUCGAUUGGCUUUGAUUUGCGGCACUUCGACUUGUCACAUGAUAGUAAACGAGAACAAAAUUUUCGUAAAUGGCGUUUGGGGCCCGUAUUACAGUGCGAUAGUGCCCGGUUUCUGGCUCAAUGAAGGAGGUCAGAGUGCCACUGGAAAGCUGCUCGAUCACGUCAUCGAUACGCACCCUGCAACGCCGGGAAUUUUGAUGACUUUAGGCGGCAAUAAACACAUUCAGCAAUACUUAUCCGAACUGCUACUUGUUAUGGCUGAACAGAAAAAUGUGCAGAACGUGUCGUAUCUGACAAAGAAUAUACAUGUGUGGCCGGAUUUCCAUGGUAAUCGCUCACCUCUCGCUGAUCCAACAUUAAAAGGAAUGAUAUCCGGAUUAUCCUUAUCUGUGGAUCAGGAAAACCUGGCGUUGAUAUAUUUAGCAACGGUGCAGGCCUUAACGUACGGUACAAAGCAUAUAAUCGAAGUCUUAUCGGCGGCCGGCCAUAACAUAGAGAGUAUAUUGGUUUGCGGCGGACUCAGCCAGAAUCCGCUGUUUAUCCAAAUACAAGCUGACGUGUUAGCUUUACCGGUACUCUGUCCUGUGGAACGAGAAUCGGUUUUGAUAGGCGCGGCGAUCCUCGGUGCGUGUGCCACAAAAAAAUAUUCCAUGCACGAGACUAUCCAGAGAAUGGCAGGAUCGGCGAACGUAGUGAAACCGACAAGCGAAUGUUACAAAUAUCAUCUUCGAAAGUAUCGUGUAUUCAAGAAAAUGGUUCAAGAUCAACAAGAAUACAAGAAAUUGAUGAGCGAAGAAUUGUAGACUAUUUUUCCGUCCUUUUAGCCUAAACGGAUUAAGAGUAAGUAAAUCGUGUUUAGCAAAUGUUUUUAUAAUUGGAAGUUAGAAUGAAGAUAAAGGAUCUGCGAAUAUAUUUGAUAGAUAUUCAAAAGGAAUCUCCAAAACUUAGAAUACGAGUAAGUAUAAAUACUAGAAAUGGGUUUAUGUUGUAGAAACUUAGUGAUUCGAAACUAGCAUCUUGAGAAACAAUAUUUUGGAGAAAAGUAUCGAUACUACAUUGUAUCUGAGAUAUUUCUUCAAAUAAUAUGUAAAUACGUGAAAAUAAUUGAAGAUACUUACUGUGGCGUUAAUGAUAUUAAUAGCAGUAAUAGUUUGCAAUAUUUACCACGUCGCCUUACAAUAGAAUCGCCAAGGAUCUAGAGUACUGAUAUUAUGUUAGUAUAAUGCUGAUUUAAUGUAGCAAACUUUACGGCGAUAUAUGUUCCUUGGAGUAGAUCUAAUUCAUCAUGUGAUCUGAAAAAGACAGUGCCCUUUUGUUAUUAUAUAUUUUUAUAUUCAUUUAAUUUUAAAUUUCUCUAUUUUGUAAUACAAAAAUAGAAAAAAUAUAUAUAUAUAUGGGAAUUUGUAUGGCGAAAAUAUUAAUUCAUGUACAAUCAUUACCAAUCAUAUAGAUUCUCCAUCUGCAUAUACUUUAUAUUGUAUGCACAGAUAUUUCUGUCUACAAAUUAUAUCAUAUUUUAUUAAUAAAUUUUUCUAAAAAAAAACACAAGUUGUGAUCAUGAUUUCUAAAGCAAAUAAAUAUCCAAAUAUCAGAGACAUAAAGGUGAAAUAACACCAAAGAAAAGGGGGAUUGGGAAUUUAACUUGGGAACCAAGCAAUCUCUACGUAACGUUUGCAUGCUAUUUAUAAUCAACAGCUACAAAAAGAUCAGAAUCUAUUUAUAUAGUGUCUAUCAUUGGUUGAAUGGCGGUGAAUUGCUCUUAAACAUCCUGUAUAACAUUUAUGUACAUAUCUUGCUCUAUUUGUCAAACAGCCUGUAUUCAAAACAUAUUUAAAACAAUGUACGAAACACUUAUAUUAUAAUAUUGACAGCCACCUGUGGUACAAUUUGAGCAAAAGCAUUGUGCCUCACUAUUACAUCAUCGUCGUCGUUCGCACGGAUCGUAUCGCUAAACAUUGUCUACUUUCGUUCUUACAUACUAGAUAAAUACAGUCCUCCAAUCGUCGUCGAAUUAAAUACAUUAAUAAUUAAUCUUACUUACAUACAAAAUUAACUUACGUUGCGCUCUAAUUUCCAGAACUUAUGGAAUAUUUUAUUAAAUUUGCCUCCAAAUUAAUUUCUUCGUAUUCGGAUUUGCCUCAUAUGUGAUUCAUCGAUUUCUCUUAGAUUUAUCUUUUAAACGUUGACUUAUACAAAAUGUAUAUGUAUAUCAUGAAAGAAUUAGCAAUAACAUAUUUAAAAACUACUCUUGUAGAAUAGUUUUUAAAAAGUUAUUCUGUGUUGAAAAAACUAUUGAUGCAAACAUGUAAAAAUCCAAUUUUGUUAAAGAAAUAUUUACGUUAUUCGACCCCGUAUUUUACGUUAUUAUACCCUGCAUAAUUAAAUCUCUGAUUUGCGAUCUAAUUAUGUCCGAGAUCUUUUAUCCAGCUAAUUCAUAAAUAUGCGCGUAUCUUUGCUAAUUAUAUUAACUAGAUUUUAAUACUUAGGAACUAAUUUUAGUUAAUUUUAGUUAAUUUUUCUAUUAACCUCUUAUACUUAUUCGUCAUUGUCGUAUUAUACAUUACAUUAAAGAACGCACAAUUGGAUUGUUAACAAGGGCGAAGAGACUUUGAAAUUAUCAAACGUAGUAUCCAAUACAGAAAGAGAUAAAAAAAUUCUAUACAUAUAUACGAAUUAAACGUAAAAUAUAAAAGAUAAUUCAUAGAUAUAA